AUGCAGCCCACUCCGUUGGAUGUCAUAAACGAGACAUUCGGAUGGAGUUCAGUCGGGUCCUCGAUACCCACGAUAGUUCUUUUGUUUUCGAAACUGCAGUGUUCACAAGUGAUGGGGAACAGGUGCAAAAAACCGUUCAGCUGUAGCCCUCUUUCGGUGGCCAGCUUCCAUGCCAACGGAAGGAGGCACGAGAGCUGGGAUACUGCCAUGUUGCCCGUACCUAUACAGGAGCAGCUGAGAGGCAGAGGCCGGGUUCGAACCACGGACUUCCUGGUGAGGUGGGUGUUUUCCUCUCCGAGCCCUUACCCUCCGUUCAGCACAGUCAAGUCCACAGAUAACGAGACUGCGAUUUCUGGCAUUAACUUCUUCCAAGACGUCAUCCUAGAAGACUUUCCGGCUGAAGUUUUCAUUCAGCGACCUGCAUUGGUCGAAACCUUUCUGGGAAUGAUUGGCUCCACAAAAACUCAGUUAAUGUUUGCAGCGGCGCGUGCUCUCAGUCGACUCUGCGAAAAGCUCAUCAAUCGCAUCUACUUCCAUUUGGAUCCAAACAACCACUGUCUGUUUCCUGGUGUAGAUACCGAAAGGUGCGAGAUGGCUCGGUGGUUAGUGAGCGCAUUUACUGAUCGGAAGGUCUGUGGUUCAAAUCCGAUCUCUGCCUCUCGAUUCCCCCUGUCUAGGCUUGAGCAACCUGGCAGUAUCCCAGACCCUGUACUUACUUCUGGUAGCAUGGCAGUUGGACACGAAAGGAUGCUACAGCAGAACAUCCCAAUAAGUUUUGGAUACGUUAGUACGGUGGAGUCUUUGAACAACCAGAUUCCGGGGCAGAUCAACCUUAUGAGUAGUGCAUUACGGAUAUACAUGUAUUGCGAUAUCUCGAAUAUCGUAGCGACUGAAACUGAGGGGGCCUGGUGCAGCACAUUCAGUCGCCUGGGAACAUUACAAACGAGAGAUUCAGCUGGGUCGGUGGACGGCCAUACGAUUUCUACGAACAAUGCAGACCGUCUGUCGUCAACCGAUCACGUCGUGAGGAAUUCAUCCAACCGCCAAACUCUGUUCGCAUCAUGUUAUUUCAACAGCUUAACACCAAACACCAUAGACUGUGAUCGACCAGGUGGAUACCCGCUUUUUCGUUCUUCAUGUUAUUUCAACAGCUUAACACCAAACACCAUAGACUGUGAUCGACCAGGUGGAUACCCGCUCUUUUCGUUCUGUCUGGACGUGCUGGUUGUUGUGGGCAAUGCGUUGCACUACCUAGUCACCCAGCAUUUGGCGUUUCCAACUCCGAGUCAAUCAGCUGUGAACCAUUCGAGACACCGGAGUUUCGGGAUAACCGAAGUCAAAUACCAACUGGAAGCUGAACUGCUGUGUCUGAUGCGUUUAGCAGUCGAUUUGAUGUUAACUAGCGUUGCACCACUUGAUCGUAUGAAAAGGCGGACGGGAUCAGUUUUCACCUCCUCUGACCCAGAAGAUUGUUGUACCAGUUGGAUGAUGCGUCGUAAUCCACCAGCACGUGACCUUAUCAAUCCCUGUGAUUUGCCUGGUAACUUUGCUGCCUUUUUGGAACCCUGGGGCCCUCUGCUAUGCGCGCUGUCAUCUACUUGGAGUCAGCAAGAUGGCAUGUCUACUUCGUGGAGUGCAUCCGAGUUGAUUCAGUUGGUUUCCAGCAAUGCUGUUCCCUAUGCUUACGAGAGGCAUAUUUAUCUUUCCGUUUUUGGACAUAUAUUCAAUCUGAUCACCACCCUAUUCACUCCUGAAACGGCACUUUCUGUUCUUCCAACGGAACUGCGUACUCAACUGGCACUGGCUCUGCUUGACUCAGCUCUGUUACUCCGAACAGGUCGGUCGCCGACCGAAUCGGUUGACCAGGGGCUACCAGCCUAUGUCUUGUUGUUCAAUUCACCUGUCGUAACUACCUGGAAUUUGUUGAACCGUGUUGAGCUAUCGAUGACAAGUUUGAUCAGUUUCCUCGAGCGAAUGAAGCAUUGCAUUAGUGUGGGAGUUGCACUCAGCCCCAAGGCUGAAAGCAGCUUACUGGACUGGAUCCCAGUAAACAGUCGCCUGUGCGCUGUGCGGUUGCCUGGCUCAAGUAAGAUUAGCGCAGGUCGAUGCGGUAAACGGUGUUUGUGUGUCACUGAGACGGACGAAUUUUAUCAAGAUCUGUCACGACUGCUUCGGUCGGCAAGAUGCACGGAUAUAGUAAUCCUGGCGGGUGAUGUGAAUGCCCAAGUUGGACGUCUAAGCCUGGAAGAAGCACAGUUAGGUGGUCGAUUUGGAGUCAGUGCUGAGCGUACGGAUAAUGGGAGCGUUGUGUGCAGAUCAUCGUCUGUUCCUGGCCGGUACGAAUUUCUAGCAGAAACGCAUAUACCAAGCUACCGAGGCCAUAUGACUAUCACUUCCCGAUGGAGAGCUUCAGUUAAGGAUUGUCGUUCAUUUUGGGGUACGCAACUUUACUCUGAUCACGCCACCGUGCGGGCCCGCUUAGCGCUGCGCUUUCCUUCAGCGUUGCGCUUGCCAAAGGAGAGCAGUUCGGUUCGUCAACUUCGACAAGUUUCAGUAACUGAAGAGUAUAGAGCUGAUCUGGCUAGAAAGCUACGAGAAACGCACAGUCAUGUGGACGAUGAAGAUUGCUUGGAGGAUGAAUGGAGGCGAGUUAGCGAAGCAAUACUGUCUGCUCUCAGGAUUUUGCCCAACACAUCUGACUCGACUAAAUGA